AUCUAAUAUCUAUAUCGUAUUAUUUUUAAUUUUAGAUGUAGAAAAUAAAGGUGUCAUUCAAAUUUAUACUGUUUAUAUUCGGUCGUCCGUGUGAGGUUAGAAUAGUGCGAUCUAAUAUGCAGAACAACCCCCAGGAGCUUUCAUGGCAGGCGAUUCAAGCUAUCGUUGGGGUUAAACUUCCUUCAAAUGUGCUACGAUUUGAUGAUAUUGGAUUCCAUUUGGUUAAUAAUUCUGUUUCGAGUGCUGAAGAUUCCGAUUCAGAUGUGGAAAUCGUGGAAAACGAUUGGGAAUCUGACAACAAUGUCUCUUCGAAGCCUGAAAACUCUGACAAUGAAAAAAAUACAUCAUCAGACAGAGAACAAAGUGAGUCGCCUGUUCUACAUCUUGUAGAGCCUGACAACAAUAAUUCAGGUAAAGACUCUCUAGAUUACAAAGACUUUUUAGAAAAAAUGCCUACCAAAGAUAAUACUGACAGAGAUAGGCUGUCCCAGGUUCACAAUGAAGACGCCGAUAGCUCUAAUGGCAAUGUUAUGUCUAUUGAAAAUUAUUUGGAAGUAACCUUGUCGACUGAAUCUGACACUAGUCAUACUUGCAGCCAAUGUAACCAAAUGUUUUCCAGUGAACAGUUACUCUCUUCUCACCCUUGCAGUGCCAAAGCCACAGAUGAUAAAAAGUACCCAUGUCAUGUAUGCUCAGAAAAAUUCCCUAGUUAUUGGGAACUAAGAAAACACAUGAACAGUCAUUUUCCUGGAAUGUUAGAUUCCAAAUCAAGUUUCUGUCAUCUUUGCCAGAAAGACUACACAAAGACAGGAUUUAUGAAUCAUCUUCGUAAGCAUACUGGAGAGAGACCAUUUGUCUGUGAGCUUUGCCAUAAAGCAUUCUCACAAUCAAGUUCUCUCUCUAUACAUAUGAAAUUCCAUCUGAAUGUGCGUAAACAUGCUUGUACUGUGUGUGAGAAGAAAUUUGUAACUAAAAGUGAACUGUCUCGUCAUAUGACUGUUCACACAAAACAGAAGUCUUAUUACUGUGGUGUUUGUGACAAAGCUUUUACUCGCUCAGAUAAUAUGAAGAAGCAUGAGAAAACUCAUGGAUAGCUUACAGUAACAAAGAGUUCAUCUAUCAUAAAUAGCAUCAUGUGCAGUUAGUUUAUACUGACAUGUAAAUACUUUAGUAGCUUGUUACAUUCAUGAGACACUGUAUUGUAAUUGUCAAUAAUGUCACUGUAACAAAGUACAACAGUGCUUACAUAUUUGUACACAUGACUAUACAACAUUAAACAUAUGGAAAAAAAAAUUAAUACACUGGUGAUAGCAUUUUUGAAAAUUAAGUUUAAUGUCUGUGAUGCCAUUUAUAGAUAUGUCGCCAGAUUCUCUAAUUGCCAAAUAUUUAGUCUUACUUUUUAAUUUUAAAAUUUCAUUAUUUUAUACCAAAUUAAAAAAAUAUGAUCUAGUUCAUAAUUUAGUCAUUAUGGUGUGUUUAUGGGGGUGUUAUUACAUCCUAGGUGUGCUGCUGUAGUUGCUUUUCAAUAUAAUGAUUUUAUUUAUGCAAUGUUCUAAUGCAUGUUUGGGAUAAUGUUAGUGUUGUAAGAUAACAGCCUUUACAGGUGCUCUAUAAGAAAAGUAUCAUAUCUCAAAGUAAAGUUGCCUUUUAAUAUGUCAAAGUGAUAUUUUAAUACUUGAAUAUAGAUCACAUAACUAUAGUAGUACUGUGUAGUAUAGUAGUAAGUAUGCCAAUGGCCUUCUUUUGCUAAUGUUUCAUAAAAUAGACACACCUUUUAUAAAAGGUUGUGGAUAUUCUAUACUUGUUCCUGUUUCAAACUGAAGCUUUAGUAUUACAUUCAUAAUAUGUGUGAACUUUACUAGAUGUAGUUUAUACUUUAAAAACAUGCCAAAUUUUAGAUUAAGUAUUUCAAGAGAUGUCUACUGAACUGUGUUGUAACCAAAGCAAUAAUGUUGUUAAUUAUGUAAUACUAUUUAUAUACAUUUGUAUACAUACAUGUAUACCAAAAUAUUUUUAGACCUUAUAACUUUGAUAUUAAAUUGAAAGAAACAAAUAAGUUUGUAUGUGUAGGUAAGUUGAUAAUGAAAACUGUGAAACAUACAAGAGUCUUUAUACAAAUAUCUUGUUAUUUUUCAAGGCACUUUUUAGAAGGUUUCCUCUUUUAUGGUCUCAAGAGAAGUCUAGUGAGCCGUUUUGAACAAUAGAAUGUUAGGAACAUUCAAGCUAUAUGACUAGGCCUAAGAUUCUAUAGAACUAAUAAAUCAAACAUCACAUUAGUAUAUAGAAAAUAACUAAUUUUUAUAGCGUAAUUUUUGUAGUUUUAUAAUCAUAAAUGUGAAAUUUUUACAUCACUGUUUGACAUUUGAAGAAACAUAACUUUUUAAAAGAUAUACACCAAAUAUAACCAAAAUCCCAAAGAUAAACUAAUUAUAAUUGGCUAAGAAAUGAAUAUUAAUAUAAAUAUACUUUAUUUUUCGAUUGUGCCACUUCGAUUUUAUGUACUGGUUGUAUUUAGAUUUGUAUAAUGUUUAUAUUUAGCAAUAAUCAUAUUUUAAUAUAUUUAUUAUACUUAUUUAAUUAUUAGAUGUUUUUGCAUGACUUGUUUAUAGAUUUAGGAAUACGUAUAAAUAGUAAUGAGCCAAAUGAGAAAAUUACACAAAAAUCUACAAGACUGACAAUAAUAUUCAGAGUAGAUAUUAACUUGUGCACAAAAGCCUAUAUUAUUUAUUGAUAAACUGCAAUUUUUGUAACUAUUUAAAAAUGCACCUUGUUAUAAAUUCAUCAUGACAAUUAGAAUAAGAACCGUUUAAUAUUAAAUGAAACUAUUUUAUGGAAAUAUGUAAUAAUUUGUCGAUUUUAUUAAAGAGUUG